AUGGAAAUCCUAGCAAGGGUGAGUAAAAAAAGGAAAACAUGCCUAGAUUUAUUUCUAGCAGAUUUACUUUGAAACCUCAUUUCAUAUCUAACGUACUUUUAGAUUAUACGGAGAUAUGAUAUCACUGUGAUACAGGAAAUCCGCGAUAAGAGUGACGUUGCUUUCGAUGUUCUCCUGGAUUAUGUCAACAACUGCGUAUCACCCCGAUGUGGUCCAAAGACGCACCACUAUUUAGGAAUCACUACAGAUCGUUACGGGCGGUCAGUUUCCAAAGAACAGUAUGGUCUUAUAUACAGGUAAAUAGUAACCGGAAUAUCUAUUGCAUAUGCACGUAUAUAUUAAUAGGUACAGAAUUGCCGGAUGACAGAAUUUUUUGACGGCCAACAGCGGCGGCAUAAUUGGACACAGCAAAAUAGUAGUAAUAUUCGUACUAUCACUUCUUUUAAAUCCUGGCUGAUUGAUUAGAGUGCAUGCGGAUGUAAAAUUACAACGUCCAGUAACAUAAAAAAUUUUAGUGACACAUGUUAUUGCGCGCACAUUCAUUUCAUAUGUAACGUAUGUGCUCAAGUGUUUCUCAUUCUUAUGGCAGGAGUGGCCUACUUCCCUAUACAAUCUAGCAGCACAUCAAGAAUCCCAAAAAUGCUGCUGUCUCAGAUUAUUCAUGUUAGAGCUGGGAUGACGCUUUUUACAUUUCAAUCAUGCAAGACGUUUAAUUUAUAAAUUUAUGACAACUAGGCUUGUUUUGUGAUGGAUUAAGAUUCUGGUUGCACAAUAUUCCCAGCUUCUGUUUAGUGACAUUGAUAGCAGAAUGUGAUAUCUUGUCGAGUAAUCAAAAGUCAAUGCGCGACGCGCGUUAAUUCAUAAUUCGUUUGAAGGAGUUAUGUUUAGAGAAUACUGCUUACAUCAAUGCUAACUUUAAUCAAUUUGUUUUCAGCGUAAACGUUGGAGGCCUUACAACAGAAUUUGCGCUAACAUCCACUCACGCGUUCGAACGCACGCCCUACUGUUUUGUGUUCAAUGGAAAGGGGGGUACGUUUAUAUAUCCAUAUUUUUAAGCCCUUGAUGCCAAUAUCUUAUACGAGUCUGACAUUGACGUCGCUUUAAAUUUUUUGAACCCUCUUUAUAAGCGGUGAAGGGAUGAGUUACCUAAAGGAAUCAAACACGCAAUGAUCUUACAAUUGACUGUGAUGAGCAAGCAAGCUGUUGCAAUCACCAUUCAUUAAAUGUAAUCCUCAGUCCAACCUGUCAUCACACAGUUGAGCAGUGCAUAGUAAAUAUUGCAUAUUCAAACACUUUCAUUUUAUGUAUUAAGAUAACUUUUUGGAAUACUAUCAGAGGUUUGUAACAUGUUAAAUGCAGUUCAACCACCAUGAUCAAGAUUGCGUAUAUCAUCAAGGGCAAAUAGAACGAGGUUCAUGUAAGCUGCGAUUAUAUCUUCUUUGGGAAUUUUCACAGUAGAUGUAUACGGACGCAGUUACAUCGGACUAACUGGAAAAAGAUGAAAAAGGCCACAGUUUUUGUGGUAUCAGCGCCAGCAUCAUUGGGCUGAGAUUGGUCGGGGUAACGCAUAGUAAGUCUGAAACUGCAAUUCACACGAAUUCACUUUUCUUCUGCCCGCCGAUACACACAUAACUAUAUAAUGGCAGACAGGUGCUCUCCGAUUGUCUUCCGGAACUCAAUCGUCACGUUGCGGGACUGGAUACGCUUGGGAGAGAGUCCCAACGCACAACAACAACAGUGAGUUCCAUAAUGCGAUCGAUGAGCGCUCCUCUAUCACUUUAAAUAACUGAUCGCAACCGAUAGGACAACGAGCCCGUUGUUCAGUGGUUAGGGCCUUGGACCUUUGGCCAACGGGUCGUGGAAUCUAGAACUAGAUGUUGUACACCUUAGGGGUUGGGUUUGGCUAGCUGAAGUUGGCCAAUACGCUAGAAAUAGCCAUCCCAGUCUCCGCUCGGUUUUGUCAGUAAUUUCACUUUACACAUUAUACAUGUGGGUUUUGGCUAUCCCGUCUGUCGGGAGUAUGGGGUAAUACGAUUUCCAUAUGGAUUUCACACUACUGGCAGUACUGCUUGUUUGUCGAAUGGCCACUUUGUGGUUAUUCCACAGUAGUUGAUUGUCAUUGACCCGAAUGCUCAUUGAAGUUUCGGGUCUGACCCUAAAAAGUCAUGUCCUGGAAACCUGACUCAUGUUCUGCACCGCAUAAUUUCUGAAAGCAUUCGCUUAAUUAUUCUCUGGAGUUCGUUUACCGAAAACCGCACAGAGGACGCUGGAGGACACAGUGAGGAGCCGAAACCCUGGAAGCUGUGUUACGCCCUAGCAGAAUAUCGGUGAAACACGUUUCUGGGCUUCUAACUGAAACCUGUGUCGGGAGUACGGUGUAACACCUUUGCCAUAAAUGUGUAUGUAUAUAGCAGCCAGGAGGGAAGACUGAGAAUGCAUGUGGAUUAAAACAGAACUGUUUCGGGAUUAUUUUGCCUUAAUUCGGCCUAUAAAAACUCUGACUAGCAGCUUAGACCAGAAACACAAACAUGCGCACAGACACACAUCGCGCAGGUGGUCCAUCACCGGGGUCUACCAGAUGGGUCAUAAGCAUUUCAUCGAACCGAAGUUCAUCAGUGCCUCUCCACUUUCCAUCUUCUUUCGCUGCUGAUCGUGUAUUUAUUCAAUCAGGAAUGGGCGUACAUCGAUUUAUUGGCUUUCCGAGGCAAGCAAGCGCCGUCCGUCCUCUCUGCUAAUAUGACUUGGCCGGCUUCGGCCUGGUAGUUGGUUGCCUGUUCAUGACCUUUGUCGCCCACACGAAGCCAGUUUGUGUCGGGAAGCCAAUGGUAUGGUGUGCGCCCAUUCCUGGCUGGAUGUACGUAUAUAUGUAGAUCAGAGGUCAUAUGCGUUCCGAGUCGAUCUAAUUAGAAAGGGAUUGGUUAUUCGGAAAAGUCGAGUUGUGUUCGUGAAUUCUUGAGCUGGUGACACCAAGCCGUCGUCAGACGAAAUGAAAACCAGGGAUAAAGUUAGUUUGUUACACUAGAAUACUUAACGCGACAAGAUAGACAGGCUAUUGGCCUAUGAGAGGACGGGCCACAGAGUCAUGGUAGGUUUCUGAGCGAGGGGAGUUAAGGCGGACCAAUUACGGCUCCCUGUGCUGGAGGGGGAAGGUGGAUGGUGGAUGAAUUGGACUCCGGGUGGCUGGAUUUGCGGCCGUUGAUGUGGCAUUAGGGAAGGAGUCAGCAAGUCGUGAACGUAGGCCCCCGAAAUGGGGGUUCAGGUCAACAUGGCGGUUAAUAUUACCAGCAUUGGAGUACCAAGCCUUGAGAAAUUCUCUUGCUCGUUUUGUGUUAGCGAUGGCGAUGACCUCAGUGCCAUCCCAAUUGAAUCGGCGGUCGCGCUCGAGUGCGUGAGCAAAGACGAGGAAAAGAGGGUCUCGCCAACGGAAAGCUACUUUGCGUUCAUUACUCCGGAUGCCCAGGCUUCGACCCGUGUGACCAACAUACACGCAGGAGCAAUUCGCGCACGGAAUGCGAUAAGUUACUUUGUUUUUUGCUCUUUGGGGAUAGGAUCCUUGAUUCGAGAUCGUGUUGUGCGUAGUGAGAUGCUGGUUUGUGGGCGGCGUGAAUACCAACAGCCUGUCUGUCCUGUCGACUUAACGAGGGUAGUGUGACAAACUUUUUCCCUUGUUUUCAUUUCGUCUGACGACGGGUUAGUGUCACCAGCUCGGAAAUUCACGAGUACAGCUCGCUGUUUUCGAAGAAUCUCUUCUUAUUUUCAUGUAUAUAUAACCAUACAAAUUCCACACCUGGAGAAACGCAGACAAUAUUAUGUUCUAUAAAAUCUUAGGCUUUGCUAUCAUUAAUAUUUCGGCGGUCAGUCAGCUGAACGAAAGCUUACAAAGGAAUCGUGAGUUACACAAAAUCCGUUACCGUUAAGAAACUAAAUAUAUUUGGGCAAGUUUUCUUUAAAUUGCCGUGCCAAUUGACCUCUAUCUUUUUUACUUGCACCUCAAUGGAAUCUCAAACGAAACAAUCCUGCAGUCAGAAAUCAUUUUUUUUGAAACAAGGUCUAACAUAGAACUACUAAUGCAAUAGUGGUUUUUUUCUUUUUAGCUAUCAACACGUUUUCAGUGCUUGUCACUCAUAUAUCUCCCAGAAAUGUUUUCAAUGAGAUGCAAUAUUUACAUAACAUCAGUUCGCGGUGUAUGAUACCCGGAGGCCAAGCGGUGAGUUGUUCGUUUUGUUAGAACCUGACACCUGAUAAUGGAUAUAGCUUUUGACACUUGUCAAUGACAUCAGGUGGAAGAAGGUCGUUCAUCGAUCGCGCUACAGAAUUCACUCGUCCCGUUGUGCCGUGGGACUUUCUCGGGUCCCGUCGGCACUCCCACAGCCACUCUUGAGAUGGCAGAAUAGCAAUACCGACAAAGACAAGAGAGGCUGGAAUGGUUAUUUCCGGCUUUUUUGCCGUCGUCUGCCAGUCACACCCUACCCCGAGGUGUGAAUGCCUGAGACACGAUCUCAAAACCUGUUGGUUAGACUAAUGUCUCUUACUGCUUAUUGUCCUGUCAGUUGCGAACUGAGCAGAAAACAGUUUCGGCUACGCCAAUAGUACAGCUGAAACCUUCAAAUAUGUCUUACCAAAACAAAUGGCAACUAACUCACCUACCAUCCAAACCAUUAAAAUAUAGAACAAAGGUUGUUUGCAAUAGAAAUUUCGUAUAUUAAAAGUAACGAAUUUUAGUAUUUAGAAAAAGACUAAUGGUUGCUUGAAUACAACACACCUUUCUUUUAUUCAAGAACAUGAUUGUAACAGGAGAUAUGAAUGCCGAUUGUGGAUACCUAUCAAAGGCAAAUAAAGAUCGUUUGAACUUUGUGAAAGAUGCAAAUUACAAGUGGCUUAUAACAGAUGACAUGGACACCACUUUAGCUUCAAAACAAUGUGCAUACGACAGGUAAGCAAUUUUAAUUAUGAAAAUUUAUCGGACACUUAAGAUGACCAUAAGACACUCACAGAGGAGGUUCUGUCAUAGAGCCAGGUGAAAGACGAAAUAAUAUCAGUAAACUAAAAUCAAAAGUGUAAGCAGUCAGGCGUAGGCUCGGGGUGCCAUGAAAUGUGUUUGUUAGAAAUUCCCUUAAGCAUCAGGUUGUGCAGGCUUUGUCGGUUUAAUAAAUUAAAUUCGCUUAUCAUUUCAGUAGCUGUAUAAAAGCAAUAUUUCCCAUGAUAAAGUCGGAACAAAUGCGUCAAAAUUUAUUAUACGUAUUCUACUAAAUAUUACUUUCAUCUUCAAGGUUCAUUGUUCGUGGAAGCGACAUACUUUCGCAGUUAGUUGCCGGAUCGCCUCAGCCAUUCAACUUCUGCCGAGCGUAUGGUAUUAGAAUGGACAAGGUAUGUAACCGUGCGUCGUUGUUAACAAAGAACUUUAUUUAGGAUAUAGUUUUUAAAUUAACAGUUUAUUUGAAAAGUACACAAAUUAUCAAGUAAAGUUUCCAUUGUCUAAAAUACAGGAUAUAAUAUUUGUGACAGAAUAAAUAUAUUUUUUACAGUGCUUGGAAGUCAGUGAUCAUUUUCCGAUUGAAAUGGAACUCCGAGAAUUCUAGGACCUUUAAGAGGCAGAAGGAUACAACAAUAUAA